AUGAGGCAACUUCAAACAUGCAUGGAGCUCAUACUGCUUGCUGGAUUGUAUUCACAUCAAGCUGACGCGUUUGGCACUGGCCUGAAAGCAAGUCCACCGCGAUCGGCAACCUUAUUCCCUUCGACGAGACAAAACGUUGAAUCAUCGUCAAAUUUCGCACGACCGAUAGAUCGAAUCUUUGCUUUGCAAAGCUCAGCCAUCGACCCCGAUGAUGGUGAAGCAAUCUUUAAAGCAGUGGAUGAUUCGUCCAUGGGAAAGAAAGAAAGCUCCACAAAGCGACUUCUCUGGGCGUGCAUGGUCCUCAUGUUCGCACAAUUCUCAUCCAACUUCC